AUGGGGAGGCCAAGAGGCCCGAAAUAUAACAGACUAACCUUUGUCAAAAGGCCAAGUCUCGGCAAAAAAUGGGACACCUUAGAAUGCUCGGAUUCGUGGGUUAUCGGGUGGAGCUCCACCACGUUCCUCUUUGCCGUCUGUCCCACCACGUACCUCACUAUCCCUUCAAAUUCUCCUCCAAGUGCCUCAAAUCCACCGUGGGGCCAUCAAAUUCUCCUCACUAUCCCUUCAAAUUCACGUUCCUCGUGUCCUGGACUCCGACUCGUAGAAGAUCUCGGCCACUAUGUGGUCGUACGCGAGCCUCAUCUUCUUGUUAGGGUUCUGCGCGGUUGGCGGAUCUCGGAGGUGAAGGGGACGAGCGACUUGUUGCCAAGCGUGAAAUUGGAGAUCGAGAACGAGUCG